AUGCAGAUACCACUGCGGAUGCCAACACCGGUACCGAGGCCACCAGCAUGGAUGCCAUCACCAAUGCCAACACCAGCACCAGUGAGGAUGGCAACACCGGUGCCAAUACCAGUGCAGAUGCUGACACUGGUACUGAUGCCACCAGUGCAGAUGCCAACACCGGUACCAGUGAGGAUGCUGAGACUG